AGUAAACCAGUAGUACGAAGCCAGAGACGAAAGUUAUUAAUGACAUAGUGAAAGCUUUCAACCUUAAGACGGCUAAUCGAUGAAGCUAGUAUAGAUAAGCCGGCCCAGAACAACAGACACACUUAUUAAUCCUGUCUAGGAAACUGAACGGACUUUCGUUUUUCUUUGUAGUUCUGUAGCUUCAGGUUUUGUUAAGAUAUUAAACACCUUUCUUAAGUACAUUUUGUUUCGGUGUGGAUUUAGAAUCUAAUAUCUCGGCUUCACUUCAAGUUUUACAAGUCCUUUAUUGCUUCGAGUUCGAACGAAGCAGACGCAAUGGAAGCUGGAGACAGCAAGACCAGUCUCAGGCUACUCAAGUGGACCUUUAAGAGCAUGCUUGAGGUCCACGCUGUGGUCAACAAUUUACUGCGUCACAUUUUGAUGAACGAAAGAUCUAAACGAUGGAGAAAAGUAGUGGAUGCUUACGAAAGACUUUUGUGGGUAAUCGAUAUCAAACAUUUCCCCAAAGACUAUGAACCACCUGCCUCUUACAACAAUCUGCUAUACGAGUGUCAUUUCCAUCUCGGGUUGGCCUUGCAACGACUAGAUCAGCACAAAAAGUCGAUUGUCCAUUACACACAAGCAAUGAAGGCUGUGUCCAUUCCAAAGUGCGGCUGUCAGGCUGGCUGCAUUGCAAACUCUUGCAUGCUCACACCACUGUACGCAAGAAGGGCCUUUGCUCAUUGCAUGACAGGCUGUCUGUCUAACGCUUUACGAGACAUAGAGGACUUAACUUUGUUAGAUUCCAAAAAUCCUGAUGUUUACUGCGUUAGAGCACUUGUCCACACUGCAAGGAAAGAAGAAAAGCAGGCUAUCCAAGACCUUGACUAUGGGCUCAAAUUGAACCCUCAACAUUCCGGCUGUAAAAUUGUCCAGCGUGCACUGUGUAACCCUCCAUCCAUUAUGAGGCGUCCAGAGGUGCAGUCAUUGGAUAACGUUGACAGUUUUCUUCAUCCAUUUGCCAUGGACUUCUAUGACAGGAUGCUAUACACACUAAUGGUCCCACACAAGCUCACGGUGGUCGAAUUGACGCCGGACAAACCAAACAAAAAACAAAUAGAGCUAGAGAUACGACGGUCUUCUUCAGCUGACCCUGCCACCAAAUCUUCUUCUGUAGAUCCUUUUCGUUGUGGUACAGUAGCAUCAGGCGACAACGUACUGGCGGCUAAACGUCGCAGAGAUUACGGAGAAGCUUUAAGGAAGAAUGUGGUCAGACCGCAGACUGCUCAAGAAUUUUUAGAGCGUCUAAAGAAUGACGUCAGAAGACGGCAGUAUAUAAAAACCUCAGAACGCAGCUCAGCAAGAUCUACAGGAAGUGCGUCAUCCUACAGGACGUGUACAUCAAGGUCAAGUCAUUCCAAGUUCACUUUCGAGACGCCGACCUCCUAUAGUAUCCCGGUCUUUCAAAGUGUUAACGUCAAGACAGCACCAAGAAUGUACUACAGACCGUGGCAGGGGGACAGACUUCCAAAGGCUGACCUUCCACAUCCAGAGACAUCUCCAGCCUUUUACUGACAUCCAGGGAAAUAUUGAAUAUUUUACUGACAUCCAGGGAAAUCUUGAACAUUUUACUGACAUCCAGGGACAUCUUGAACAUUUUACUGACAUCCAGGGAAAUCUUGAACAUUUUACUGACAUCCAGGGAAAUCUCUACAUUUAGUGGCAUUCUUGUUUUUUGUUCACAUUUUUUUAUUUCAACAAAAGCUUACAUACAAAGUAGUUGUUAUUAUGAAACCUACGAAACUAUUUAAAAAUAAUUUUAGAUUAUACUUUUUUACAUGAAGAGUUAUGUCUUAACUUAUUCAGUUAAUUUGUCAGUUGGUCGAUAGAAAGUAAUAGGCAGCUUGGCCUAUCGAACAAGAAAAACAUACAAAAUACUUUUUUCAAAAAUGCUUCUAUUAAGUGUAGUUGUAUCAAUUAGUUUGGACCAGUCAUGUAAUCAAUUUUUUCUAUAGAUUUAGACUAAAAAUAAUAAGGCGUGCAAUUUGAAAUAUUUUCACCAAUUUGUUUUUUUUAGCGCAAUUUCAUGCUUUUAGCUUUUUCAAUGCACUUUGAUCCUAUCACUUGCCUGGACCAGUUAGAAAUGAGUGGGGAAGACAGAAGAUUUAAAACAAAAGGUGAACGACCUGAAUUUGAUCUCGAGAGCUCAAGUCUCCUCAGGCUAGAGAACAAAUCGCUGUGCUAGGAAUGACCUUAUGACAAUAGAACGUUGUAAGUUAUCUAUUGUUAGUUUCAAACCAUUCUCUCUACAAAGUAUUCAACUUAUACCUUAUUCACUUCAGUCAAGUGUAAUUUAUUUCCCUUGUUUGAGAUACCAAACAAAUAAUUAAUUACCUAUUUAAUUAACUAAUUUUUUUUUGUUAUUGAUUCUUGUUUUGUCAUGUAAAAGAAAGAAUUGUGCAAAGUUUCAGCUUGAUCCGAGAUUGGGUGUGGGAGAAAUAACGCGUACAAACUUUUUACCAGACAGACAGAGUAAGUUGAUAGAAGUUUUGUCAAAAAAAAAUCCUGAAAUGACAAAAUACACACAAUUAACACAUACUAUUUUUUUAUAAUGAAUUCACAAAAGUAGACUUAACUUAAUGCUUACAAUGUAUAAACUGUCGUCCCCUGUAUACAUCUAUAUAUAUAGGCCAAUAUUCUCUCGAAUUUGCUUAUCCAAUUGACAGGAAAGAACCAGAAUCUUCUAUUACUAUUUAUUGUUUGUUUUAUUGCUUAGACAAUUAAAACAACAUUGACCUUGACACUUUCUUCUUUACAAUUUUAGAGCUUCUAUCGUAUUUUCAAAUGUUAUUGCGUUUUGUAGAUGGCCAUCUCAAUACAAAAAAAAAAAUUACACUAAAUUUCUUCAUAAAGAUGUUGUUAGAUUCCCCUCAUUGCCUUUUUGUCGCGGCGUCAUAAAAAGCUGUUCCACCUCUUCUAGAGUCUUAUUUUUUGUCUCUGGCAACAAGAUGACCAUGAAUAUAACGCCGACUAAAGUUAUGGCUGCAAACAACCAAAACGUUCCUGGGGAAAGCAAUAUUAAUAUAAAAAUACUUUUUAAAAAACUCACCUAUAUUAAAUGAAAUCGAAUCAGUUUGUAUUGAAUUGUUCGUGUCUCAACAUUGACCAAUGCCAUAUAAGUUUGUUGUCCAAAAAAAGAUUGAUCGUUUGGUUAAUCAGUAGAUCUUAUCUAUAUCAGUGCGUUCCGAGAGCAUUUAAAAAGGCAAGGUCUUUUGAUAUUCACUUGAUAUAAGCUCGGUAAAAAUUAGAAACAAAGAGUUGAUUACUUUUAGUGUGUGCGAUUAUCGUGUUGACAUCAUGCAGUCUUCAUUAUGCUUUGGUCUAGGUGUACAUUUUCAGUUUCAUGUUGCUAUUGUGUCUGCAUAUUCAUUUGUUUUUAAAACAUAUUUAGUUAUUGCAAUUACUGAAGGGAACAUAAGAAUCUGUCGCUAGGCGGUCAUCAUGAUCUUAUAAUAUACAGACGUUACUUCAAAAAAGAAUGACUAAUUAAGUCCUACAUGUGUUUUUAGGUCGAUCUAGUCAUGCAUAUUAAUUAAUGACUUACAUUCUGCCAAGUCAUUGGAUUUCCUGGCUGACUCAGCCAUGCACUAAUAACACUAGGGAAGAAAGAGUAUUUGUACAGAUUUGUUCUAGCAUAUGGAACAUGGAAAUGUGUACAUAUUUCUUUACUAAAAAAUAUCGACUAUUAGCAGAAAAUGCAAAUAUUCGUUGGAGUUUUAGAACUUAAAAGAUAACUGUGACCAGUAGAACAGUUAACCAUAAGGUGAUAUGUAUAACAGUUUGAUUAAGAAAUACAUGAAGUUUAGUUGGCAUGAAAUCUAAAUCUUUGAUUCUGAAAGGAAUCUUUCCCACCACCCCCUUUUUCAAUGAGCUAUGACAGUGUCAACAAGCAUGAUAGGGUUACUCCCAACGAUUUCACUGGAACACUAUAUCAGCGCUGAAUGACAAAUAUACAGGGUUAUGAAGUCUCUUAAAUUACUAUGUUUAAACUUAAUUUUCAGACCUGAAGACGGUACCUUAUUAUUAUAUACACAUAACGUCAAUGAUAUUACAGACCUAGAUAUGUACCCCUAACAAAAUCUAUGUAUGUCUACGUCGUUCAUAAAAUAUUUUUGUUAAAACAA